AUGAAAAUUAUUGCCAUUAUAUUUGCUAUUAUUUUACUCGUAAAAGUAAAUGCUGACGGUCUUUGUGUACAAUGCUAAAAAUGCUAAAAGGAUCUUAUGGAGUCAGCUAAUAGAGGAGAAGUUUGCGCAAAAGGAGAUACUGACUGUGUAGCUGAUCUUAAAUCUUUAGGAAAAUGUACAAAUACCUGUGUUGUCGAUAAUAAUUAUGAUUAGCAAAAAACUAAUUCUUGUGUAUAACAAAAUUGCCCUGUUCAAAAUCCAACAGUUCAAAAAUUUAAGAAUGAAUUUAUUGGUUGCUUGAAAAAGUCAAGUAGUACUCUAGCAUUCUUUGGUUUCUUAAUUGGUUUAUUCGCUUUGUUAAUUUGA